AUGGUAAGGGCAGCAGCUUGGCGGAAGCUUUUCCUUUUCCUUGUUCUUCUCCUUCCAUUGUGCUCGGCGGCUGAUGUGACGUACGACCACCGGGCGCUGGUGAUCAAUGGGGCUCGCCGGGUGCUCAUCUCCGGCUCCAUCCAUUACCCCCGCAGCACCCCCGAGAUGUGGGCGGGUCUGAUCGACAAUGCCAAGAACGGCGGGCUGGACGUCAUCGAGACCUACGUCUUCUGGAACCUCCACGAACCCGUCCAGAGCCAGUAUGACUUCGAAGGGAGGAAGGACCUGGUGAGGUUUGUGAAGACGGUCGCGGAGGCCGGCCUUUACGUUCAUCUCCGGAUUGGGCCUUACGUCUGUGCGGAGUGGAAUUACGGGGGAUUCCCGCUCUGGUUGCAUUUCAUCCCCGGAAUCAAAUUCAGGACCGACAACGAGCCCUUCAAGACGGAGAUGCAGCGUUUCACGGCGAAGAUCGUCGACAUGAUGAAGCAGGAGAAGCUGUAUGCAUCCCAAGGUGGACCCAUCAUCUUAUCUCAGAUCGAGAACGAGUAUGGGAAUAUCGACGCUGCCUAUGGUUCGGCAGCCAAGUCUUACAUCAAUUGGUCCGCAUCCAUGGCUACCUCUCUAGACACGGGCGUGCCCUGGGUGAUGUGCCAGCAAUCCGAUGCCCCUGACCCUAUAAUCAACACCUGCAAUGGGUUUUACUGUGAUUCAUUCACUCCGAACUCGGACAAGAAGCCUAAGAUUUGGACGGAGGCCUGGAGCGGAUGGUUCCUUUCUUUUGGUGGUAGAGCGCCAUAUCGACCGGUUGAGGACCUUGCAUUUGCCGUUGCCCGUUUUUUCCAACGUGGUGGUACCUUCCAAAACUACUACAUGUAUCAUGGUGGAACAAACUUUGGACGCACCUCUGGGGGGCCAUUUAUUGCCACAAGCUAUGACUAUGAUGCUCCAAUCGAUGAGUACGGAAUUAUUAGGCAACCUAAAUGGGGUCACCUAAGAGAUCUACACAAAGCAAUAAAGCUCUGCGAAGCAGCAUUGAUAGCAACAGAUCCAACAUACACUUCUCUUGGUCCAAAUUUGGAGGCCCAUGUGUACAAGGGAGGGUCAGGGGUCUGUGCGGCAUUUCUUGCCAACAUUGGCACCCAGUCUGAUGCAACUGUUACUUUUAAUGGCAAGUCAUAUCAUUUACCUGCAUGGUCAGUGAGCAUCCUGCCUGAUUGUCGGAAUGUUGUCUUUAAUACUGCUCAGAUUAGCUCUCAAGCUACUCAUUUGGAGAUGAGAUAUCUAACCUCCAAUAGUCAAGAUUCAGAUCAACCCAUUGAUUCCUCUAAAGCAUCUCAAUCAGACUGGAGUUUUGCCAUUGAACCUGUUGGUAUCUCAAAGAGUGAUGCUUUCACAAAAAGUGGAUUACUGGAGCAGAUAAAUACUACUGCUGAUGUUAGUGAUUAUCUGUGGUACUCAAUAAGCAUUGAGAUCAAGGGUGAUGAACAGUUCCUUUUUAAUGGUACUCAAUCUAAUCUGCAUGUGGAAUCACUUGGCCAUGUCGUUCAUGCAUUUGUCAAUGGGAAACUAUCAGGCAGUGGGAUGGGCAAUAGUGGCAAUGCAAAGGUCACAUUGGAGAAGCCUGUUACACUUGUACAAGGAAAGAAUACGAUUGAUCUUUUGAGUGCAACUGUUGGCCUACAGAACUAUGGUGCAUUUUUCGAUUUAUGGGGUGCUGGAAUUACUGGUCCUGUGAAGCUGAAGGGCCAAGAUGGCACAAAAGAUCUAUCUUCAGAUGAAUGGACAUAUCAGAUUGGACUUAAAGGGGAAGAGUUGGCUUUGUAUGAUAACUCUAAGGAUUCAUCGCAAUGGGUCUCACAGCCUACCUUGCCAAAGGGUCGACCAUUAAUAUGGUACAAG